GAAGAAUCUCUGGUUCCUCUAUAGGAUUCAGUCCAGCAGCGUUCACAUUCACACUGUUAUUGCAGGAACAAGAAAAAGGAGCCCACUGUUGGAGAUUUACACCAGGAGAUGCCACCAGGAGGGGGCAGACUGCUGAAAUCAGAGGAGAUUAAAUAUGAGAAUAUGGAAUCUCAGCAAACAUCCUCUGGCCCUCUCUGCCCUAAAACAUCUCAAAGACAAAGGCAGAGAAGUACAGGAAAGCUGAAAACUCACCACUGUUCAGAUUGUGGAAAGAGUUUUACUCAUCAGUGUCUUGUCGAAACAUCUCAGCACAUUGACUCUGAAGAGAAACCCCAUCAUUGCUCAGAGUGUGGAAUGAGUUUUACUCGACUGAGUAGUCUCAAAAGACACCAGCGCAUUCACACUGGAGAGAGGCCGUAUAUCUGCUCAGAGUGCGGGAAGAGUUUUACUCGACUGAAGAUUCUCCAACACCACCAGCGCAUUCACACAGGAGAAAAACCUUAUCAAUGUUCAGAGUGCGGGAAGAGUUUUAAUCAAGAGACUAGUCUCCAAAUACACCAGCGAAUUCACACGGGAGAGAAACCGUAUCAGUGUUCAGAGUGUGGGAAGAGUUUUACUCAACAGGGUCAUCUGCAAGCACACCAGCGCAUUCACACAGCAGAGAAGCCGUAUCACUGCUCAGACUGUGGAAAGAAUUUUAGAGACAGAAGUAAUCUCAGAACACACCAGCGCAUUCACACAGGAGAGAAACCCUAUCACUGUUCGGACUGUGGGAAGAGUUUUAGAGACAGAAGUAAUCUCAAAUCACACCAGCGCAUUCACACAGGAGAGAAGCCCUACCAGUGCUCAGAAUGUGGAACAAGUUUUAGUGACAGAGGAACUCUGAAAGCGCACCAACGUGUCCAUACAGGAGAGAAACCAUAUUACUGCUCAGAGUGUGAACGGAGCUUCCGGCAUUUGAGUACUUUCAGUACACAUAAGUGCACUUACAAGGAGGUGUUCCGAGCAGCAAUACGGUUUCACUCCCAUAUGAAUGAGUUGGUGUCGACUAAGAUGAGUCUGCUGAUUGAACUUCUUCCCGCACUCCGGACAGUGAUACGGCUUCUCUCCUGUGUGAAUGCGCUGGUGUGUUGUGAGAACACCUGCAUCUCUAAAACACUUUCCACACUCCGGACAGUGAUACGGCUUCUCUCCGGUGUGAAUGCGUUGGUGCUGCUGGAGACUACUCUGCUGAUUAAAACUCUUUCCACACUCCGAGCAGAGAUACGGCCUCUCCCCUGUGUGAAUGCGCAGGUGUCUUUGGAGAGUGAUCUGCUGAGUGAAACACUUCCCGCACUCUGGGCACUCGUACGGCUUCUCUCCUGUGUGGAUGAUCUGGUGCUUCAGGAAAGUGCCUCUGUCUCUAAAGUGUUUCCCACAUACCGGGCAGGGGUACGGCUUCUCGCCUCUGUGAAUGCGCUGGUGCUGAUGGAGAAAAAGAAUGACGUCCUGUUGCCAGUCAUCUUCUGCGACCAAGAGGACAACAUUAAAAUGCUGAACACAAGAGUGAUUAAAUGUGAAAGCAUGGCAUCCACCAUAAGCCCAAAUAUUGAGCAGAUGUCUUCUGGUACUCCCUGCAUUAAUGCGUCUCACAGGCAAAUACAGAUAAAUACAGGAAAGGAGAAAACUCACCACUGCUCAGAGUGUGGGAAGAGUUUUAGUCAACGGAAUCAUCUCAGAACACACCAGCGCAUUCACACAGGAGAGAAACCGUAUCACUGCUCAGAGUGUGGAAAGCGUUUUACUGUGCAGAGUACGCUCCAACUACAUCAUCGCAUUCACACCGGAGAGAAACCGUAUCAGUGCUCAGAGUGUGAAAAGAGUUUUAACGUGGAGAGUAAUCUCAAAAAACACCAGCGCGUUCACACAGGAGAGAAACCGUAUCAGUGCUUAGAGUGUGGAAAGACUUUCAGUCAGCAGAGUCAUCUCCAGCAACACCAGCGCAUUCACACUGGAGAGAAACCGUAUCACUGCUCAGAGUGUGGAAAGAGUUUUACUCAGAGUACUCUCCAAAGGCACCAGCGCAUUCACACAGGGGAGAAACCGUAUCAGUGUUCAGAAUGUGGAUUACAUUUUAGACAUAGAGAUACCCUUAAAAAACACCAGCGUGUUCACACAGGAGAGAGGCCGUAUCAGUGCUCAGAGUGCGGGAAGAGUUUUAAUCAACAGAGUCAUCUCCAACUACACCAACGUGUUCACACAGGAGAGAAACCGUAUUACUGCUCAGAGUGCGGGAAAAGUUUUAGAGAUGGAAGUGCUCUGAAAGCACACCAGCGCAUUCACACUGGAGAGAAGCCGUAUCACUGCUCAGUGUGUGGGAAGAGUUUUAAUCAGCAGACUACCUUCCAACGUCACCAGCUCAUUCACACAGGGGAGAAACCAUUUCACUGCUCAGAGUGUGGAAUAUGUUUCAGGGAAAGAGGUACUCUAAAAAAACACCAGCGUGUUCACACAGGAGAGAAGCCGUAUUACUGCUGUGACUGUAACCAGAACUUCAGGCACUCGAGUACUUUAAAGACACAUGAGUGCAGAGUGAAGAGUGAGAACAAAAUGUAUGAGUUGGUCUAGGAAAAAAGAUCACUUUUUGAGAUUCACCCAAUUUUCCACUUACCCCAAAUAUAGCUGAUCAACAUGUUCGACCUUGCUGCGAACAAUCUGCUGUUCUGACAACAACCUAUGGGAGGAGCUAAACAUACAUACAUACAUACAUCAUCUAAACCGCUUAUCCUUCUGGGUCGCGGUGGGGUGCUGGAGCCUAUCCCAGCUGUCAUUGGGCGGAAGGCAGGAUAGGAGCUAAACAAUAGAGGCCAAACAGGGGUCAAGGCCUCUUUUCCACUGUAGAGCCAGAUGGUUCUUGGGGCCGUACUAUGCCAUUCUGCACUAGUGUGAGACCGGUUACGCUUUUUCCAUCUGUUUUGCCACUAAAUCCAAACCCGGAAAUACAAAAAAACUAGCUACACCCACACCGCCCACCACAACACACGGGUGACUCUGUCAUUCCAGCUCCAGUCUCAGCGUGCUUUCAGAUUUUUUACCCUCUAAAUGAGUGUUUUUUGGGCAUCACUUACUGAAACUGAGCCUGUACUGCAGUGGUUUGAAACUGUAGCCGGCUAACUACGCUAGGUAGCAUUAGUAUCACCCAGCAGUGUACAGCUCACCUCACCACACAACAUUCCUAGUUUUUAAUCUUUGUCACUUAAACACCAGACGUUCAAAUUUGUGAUCUCAGAAAUGAGGUUUUAUUCUAUAAAAGGGUGUUUUUUUAAGUACCUGCUGGAACCGAUUCUGUGUACUGUGGUGGGAGGUACUGUACGCUCGCGUUUGCUUAGCCUAGCAGGCUACAGCUUAUUACACUACAGAACAGGUUUGAUUUUGGCUCUGUGUCACUUUAACACUAAUCGCUCUACUUUGCUCUUGCUGUUGUAAGUUCUUAGCGUGUAUACUUGUGAUAGCAAAGCACCAGUUAGUUGAAUUGGACCUGUACUAGGGAGCUUGGAUCUGAUUAGCUCUGUUAAGCUAGCUAGGAGAGAGAGGCCAGCUAGUAUCGGCUUAUCUAGGAGGUUAGAGCUCCAAACUCCACAGAACAGGUUUAAUUGAGGCUUUCUGUCUGUCCAACAUCAUCCGCUCAACUUCGCUUCCUCAGAUUUGAGUCAUUAUCAUAUAAACUUGCAUCAGUAAAGCUCAUGCCACUGGAACAGUUACCCUCCACACCCAGAACCAUUUGGCCUGCAGUGGAAAAGAGGCCAUAGUGAUCAAAUGAAGUGAAGCAUGUGUUGCACUGGUUUAAUUUAAGAACACAAGAAUUGAUUUCUGUAAUCAAAAUUUUUAGCAUAGCUAGUUUGCUAUUUUGAUUCGACAAACUAUGAAAAUGAUUCCUACAUAUCUGAAC